AUGCCAUGGAUGAAUUCUAACAACUUACCUAGUCCAAACAUAGCUAAUAACAUUUUAGAAUAUGAGAUUGGAACUAUCACAGAGAACAACAAUUUCAUAGAAGCAAUAUUUGCUUCAUCUGAUGACUAUAAACAAAGCAGCCCUAAUGGAGUACAAAAUGCAAAUACAUAUUAUAUGAGCAGCUAUAAUGGAGAAGCAAUAAUACCAGUAAUCUCAACUAACGCAGUUGAAACGAAAAAGGAGAAAAGCGUAGAAGAUGUAAAAGAUAUUGGUGCUUUUUCAGUACCGUAUUUUAUGUAUACCAACACACCGAAUGAAGUUCAAACAAAUAGCAACAAUAUUAACGAUGGAAUAAGUGCAUUAAAAGAAACAACUGUUAAUAAAUCUUACAGACCCAUUGAAUAUAUGACAAAUAUUGUAAAUGAUAAUAGUGCAUCAACUUUAUUCACUGAAAGUGUGAAUCAACAAAACACCUUAUACGAAGUACAGUCACUCGAAAGAACUGAAAAUGAUUAUAAUCCAGAUAACCUUAUAAGAUGCAAAAAUAGCAUCAUCAAUUAUUACCUACCCGAAAUUACAAAUGAAAAUUUAGAUAUAAUAAGAAUAGAAGCAAGUGCCAUUAACCAAAAUCAAGUAAACAAUUUAUAUAAUUUGGAAUCUUUACCAUAUACUGACGUUAAUUGUCAAAACCCUAGUACCAAUAAAAAAGUUUCAAAUGAUAAUAAUAAUCCCAUCGUUAAGGAUAAUAUAAAGAAGUACUUAAAUAGCAUUCGAAUGUUAAAAUAUUACCAAUCCAAGGGGCAAAACGAAGUUAAAACUCCGACAUUAAACCUUAAUAGUAAAGUUUCACCAAAGGUAGCGAAUAACCUUGUGAACACAAUAAACGCAGAACCCAUCAUCAGUAAUAUAAAAUAUGUACCAGACAAUAAAGUACUUAAAGAAACAGUCAAUAUUAUAGCAUUUCCAUCAGAGAGUAAUACAAAAGGUAUUUCUAAUUUUAAUGAUGAGCGACAGAACACUAAUAUUAAUAUUAAAUCUCCUAUGGACAAUAUUCUUCUUAAUUAUAACGACCUGCACUAUUUUCAAAACGAUAACUAUCAAAGAAAUAUAAUUAAUCCUUUAGUCAAUAAUAACUUAAAAUAUGUAACGAAUCACAAUAAUGAUUUUAUUAGUCACCCAUUAGUAGAUUUACUUCAAACUGAUUCAAACGCUAAUACUUUUAUCCCUUAUGCUUCAGUAAAAUCAGCAUCAGGAAUAUUAAGUAACGAGAAAAUAUCAAUCGAGAAUAUUAACCCCAUUUCAUAUGCAGUUCCAACAACUAGUAAUACAAUUUCCGAGUCAAAAAUAGCUUUAAAUACUAAAUUUUCUGAUUUAGUACCUGUAAUUAAUAAUUUCAAUAACCAGUUUCCAAAUAUUCAACCUGUUCUACCUUCAACUCCAUUUAAUAACGGAGAUUUCUUAUAUUAUACCAAGCCAGAAGAUAUAACAAUACAAAGUCAAAACUCUCUCCUUUCUCUUGAUGUUACUAAAUUGAAUAACUUAAAAACAAAUUCUGAAACCUACACUACUAGUGAAAUAUUAAGUCCACUAAAUACUCAAAUAGUUUCAAGGUCUAUAACGCCUGCAGAACAAAUUAAAACACAAUUGCCCGCUAUAAAAUUACCAAGAAAUCCUUCACAAUAUACGAAGUCAUAUAUCGGACUUAACUCAGUUCCUAAUUUAAGAACUGAUUUAAAUACAAAUACUUCUCCAGGAUUUACAAAAACAGUAGCAAAAUUCAAUUUAGAGAAAUUACCUAUAAAACCGGAAUUACUCGCGUCUGUCAAGCCGAUUCCUUCUUCAUCAUAUUCUUCAAGAUUUGGCGUCUCAAAGCUUCUGAAUACUGUUACUAAUAAAAGCCCCAACUUCCUAGAAAAAACUAAGAAUCCAUAUAGUAAUUAUUCACCAAACAUUGAAAAUUUUGAGUUCAAUUUAAAUAAAAACGUAAAUGAAGCCUUUCCCGGUGUACCUGCUUCAAACACACUCGAAAAUAUAAACGAAAACUCUAAUGUUAUCUACCGGUUGAAUACGAUUUCUUCAAGUUCGCCGAGUUUGACUAAUCCUCGAACCACCAAUGUAUUUCCUGAUAAUUCCUAUCAAAUUUUAAAUAAAAUCAAUCCAAUUAUUGAUCUUCCUAAACCUAAUCUAAAGCAAAUAAACCAAUACAAAUUUCUUCAGGAAAUAGAAACUCCUCAAUAUCCACUGAAUAUCAAGCAACCUGUGAAUCAACCUGAAAACUUUUUAUCAAAUAACAUUCCAAUACCUAACAUGUCUCCAAAAUAUCCAGCUAAUAUCAAUACGGCAUCUCCGUCUUUGUAUCCAACAUCCUCAAUUUAUAAUAAUAUUCCACUAGUCAAAACACCACCAAAUAUCCCAAUCAAUGAAACUCCAGAAAAUGAACCCGAUAACUCGUUAAAAUAUGUAAAUAAUGCAGCGAUUUCUGGUAAUUUUCCAAACCUUCCAUCUUCUUAUAUUUUUUCACAGGAUUUCAUUCCUUCCAUCGCAAAUACAAAUUUGAAAUCUAUCCAACCAGACACUUCACCGUUACUUUUCAUAUCUUCAGCCCCUGACAUAAAGGAAGUUCCUAUAAUUUCAUAUAUUAAUAAUAAUGGAAAAUAUACGACACAAGACUUUCCGAGAGAUUAUCCUAAGAACAGUGGAUUACCGUUUCAAAAGCAAUAUGAAUCGUCUCCCAAUUAUCUCAACACUGGAUAUAUUACCUCAAUAUCAUAUUUACCUAAAGUUAAUCCUUCACAAAAUUAUAUUCUUCCUCAGGCCAGUGCAAGCUACUUAAAUUUACCUUAUAAUAAUCCCCUAUCUUCACAAAUAGAGAAAAUGUUAUCCCCAUCAGGUGUCGUGGGAUCAAUAAACGAUGCCGCUUCUGUAGUAACUAAAAACGUACUAACCACUUUAUUAUUAAAGAAAUUGACACAAAAUAAAACUCCAAAAAAUAUUCAACCUGCUAGUCCACCACCAAGACCUGAAACAUUUUAUCCUCCGCCACGAGCAGUUGUCGAUCCAUCAAUAUUUUGGGAACCCUUUUAUAUUUAUGACACUUAUGAGCCACAAAGAAAAGUUUUAAAAAACGCGCAGCUUUACAAUGGCUUCGAAGUACCAGACUUAUUAUCUCAGUUAGACUUUGAAAUACCAAAUAUAGUACCAGACUACUCGGAUUUAACAGACUUCAACAACUUUGAAUCGGAAGUUUCAAAUAUGACUCCAUAUAUGGCUUCUCUAACAGUUAACGUUAUGCCAGUAAUAGAAGAGUUUGGGUUUAAAUUUAAAGGUUCUCCUGAUCUACCGUGUUUUGACUAUCCAAGUAUUUCGCCUUCUUACUUGCCAGAACCAGUUUUACCUUCUCCUCCGGUAAUAGACUUAUCAGCAAUGACGACCAAAAAUAAAGAUGACAGCGAACUCGGUCGUUUACUACGAUUAUUAGUUUUGAAUGAACUGUUAAAUAACAAUGAUUUUAAUGAAGGCGAAGCGUUGGAAACUGCUAUGGCCUUAUUGUUUUUAACUUAA